AUGCCCAUCUCCAAGUUUGUCGAGAUCCUCGACAGCGCCGACGCGCCCUACUCGCACGAGAACGUCAGCCUAGAGGAUGUGCUGGAGGACAAGCGCCAUCGCUCGCCGUCGUCGGGCAGCACGAGCAGCGCCAGCAGCACUUCUUCCGCGAACGAACGCCCCAAGAUCAAGACAAUUGCCAGCAGUGGGUCGCAUGCAAUCAACAACCGCCCCGCCAAAUUUGCAGCCGCUAUCGAAUACGGUGGAGGGGGUGCGCGCACGCCCACUAUCCCCCUAAUCAAACCCAUGCACAUCGAGGUACGCGGUCGGUGGGGUGGGAACAAGGAGAUUGAUGAGCCAGUCUAG